UGCCCACUGUGCGUGCCAGCGCCAAGUUGCACCCACACACGGUUUUCAUCGCCGUGUCCACCGCUCAGCGCUUUUAACCACAGUGUCCCACUCUCUCACCCAGUUUUGAGAAAAAAUUACAUCGUCGCUUCUGAGCCGUCCGCGUCAUCCAACCAUAAUGUCCAAGAGGGGCCCGCCAUACGCUACCCUCCUCUUUGCCUGCUCCUUGUUUAUCUCUGUAGAAAGUAUACCCCACGGUACGGCCCUGCUCAGAAAACGAGCAGUCCCAGAAAUAGGCGGUUCACAAGGAGGUUUCAUCGGGCUCGUCGUCGGUCUAAGUGUGCUCAUUCUCAUCUGCUGCAUCGCAGUCUUCUUUCUCCUCCGCAACUACGAACCCUCCGAACAAGAACGUGCUGCACGCCGUGAGCGCUACCGCAGUCACCGCGACCACCAAGAAUACGAUUCAACAGCUGCCUCGGCAGGGCUCAGCUCCUUUGGGGACAAGCUCCGCGGGAUGUGGGCAGAUAGGCGCAGUAGCGGGAGUAGGAGCAGAAGUGGCGGACGACGAGGUGGGCGUGGUUGGAUCCAAGCUGGCUCGGGUGACGAAUGGGAGACUGAUUCAGAUCACGGUGAAGGGCGUGGGGCACAGCAGCCCAUGCAGCCCUUCUCCAGGCCUUUGCAAGAGGGCCCAGAAAUGGACUCACCGCUAUCGGAUGGGGAGUCAUUUACACCGAUCCAUUAUGGGGAUCCGUAUGCAAAAGGCUCAUUGCAGGUGACAUCGCCACAGCGGGUGACUUUUGCGCGUUCGCAGUCGCCGCUGUCUCAAUCGAGCUCACCUAUGUCCCCUGGAUCACAUCGAGAUGCAAGUGUGGAUGACGAAGAGGUGCGCCCGCCUGACCACCGUCAUUUCUCUACACAAUCUUCAACAUCAGUGCGGACUUUCGAGGGAGGCACAAAGUUUAUUGAGUCGCUCUAGCUUGUGAUAGUUUUUCUUAUGUUUUGCCUUUGUUCAGACGUGUGUUGUCCUCUUUCAUCUUUUGCUCUCAUCGCCCACGUAUACUCACCACACAUAUUGUAUCAUUCGGACGCUCAUACGUGCGGUUUUUCUUGCAUGCUCUCUUGCAAUGUAUCUUUAGUGAUACUCCUGCUACUCCCCCGCUAAAUGCAUAUUAAUCUUGAUCUACCACGGACCUUUGGCACCGCACAAUCUUGGUUCCAGCUGGAGACAUUUUACAGAAAAUCAUAAUGUGGGGUGGGGGUCAGCAAUUCACCACCAAGUAACACGUUCAUUGGACACCUGACAAUCGGCU